UAACAUAAUAAAAUAUUAAUUAAUCAACCUCUAUUUAAGUCGCUUUCGCUCACUACCCUUCUUUUAUGUUUGCCAAGCGAGUCUUUCAAUUUUCUCUGCAUAGUAGCGACUGAAGGAGUGGUAUUUGGUAUUAUCUUCAUGGGUAGGAAGAAGAGAAGUGAUAAUCCUUCUGGAGGCGAGAGCUCCCAGUCUCAUGAUACUGGUGCUGGCAGUGGUCAGGGUCCCCAACGUCCUCCUCAACAACAAGGGGGAAGUGGAGGUUACUCGGGUGGACGAGGUUGGGCUCCACAAUCUCAGCAAGGAGGUCGGGGUGGUUAUGGCUCUGGUGGUCGGGGUCGUGGAAUGCCACAACAGCAGUAUGGUGGAGGACCUCCUGAAUACCAAGGUAGAGGAAGGGGAGGUUCUUCUCAGCAAGGAGGUCGUGGGGGAUAUGGUGGCGGUCGAGGUAGUGGUGGCCGUGGUGGAGGACCUUUUGCUGGUGGACCAUCCCGACCACCUGUUCCCGAGCUGCACCAAGCAACCCAACCUAUGCAAGUUGAGGUGACCCGCCAGCCUGCUCCGUCUGAGGCAGGCUCAUCAUCCAGGCCACCACCUGAGCCUGUACCAUUGGCUGAGCAUUAUCAACAGCUUUCCAUCCAGCAAGAAGCUGGCCAAGCAAUUCAGCCAGUUCCUCCAUCAAGCAAGUCAGUGAGGUUUCCUCUUCGACCUGGAAAGGGUAGCACUGGCACAAGGUGCAUUGUCAAAGCUAAUCAUUUCUUUGCUGAAUUGCCAGAUAAAGAUUUGCACCAGUAUGAUGUUACUAUUACACCGGAGGUAGCAUCUCGAGGAGUAAACCGGGCUGUCAUGGAGCAGCUAGUGAAAUUAUAUAGAGAAUCACAUCUAGGAAAGCGCCUUCCUGCUUAUGAUGGCCGGAAGAGUCUUUACACUGCUGGGCCUCUCCCUUUUGUGUCCAAGGAGUUUAAGAUCACCCUUACUGAUGAGGAUGAUGGUUCAGGACAGCCAAGAAGGGACCGGGAUUUUAAAGUUGUAAUCAAAUUGGCUGCUCGUGCUGAUCUGCACCAUCUUGGACUCUUUUUGCAAGGGAAACAAGCUGAUGCACCUCAGGAAGCUCUUCAGGUUCUUGACAUUGUUCUUCGAGAAUUACCUACUACCAGGUAUUGUCCUGUUGGACGUUCAUUCUACUCACCUGACCUAGGGAGAAGGCAGCCUUUGGGUGAGGGAUUAGAAAGCUGGCGUGGUUUUUAUCAAAGCAUUCGUCCUACACAGAUGGGACUAUCGCUGAAUAUUGAUAUGUCUUCUACUGCUUUCAUUGAGCCUUUGCCUGUUAUUGAUUUUGUAACACAAUUGCUAAACCGUGAUGUUUCUAGACCACUAUCUGAUGCUGAUCGCGUGAAGAUUAAAAAGGCUCUUAGAGGAGUCAAAGUAGAAGUUACACACCGUGGCAACAUGCGGAGAAAAUAUCGAAUAUCAGGUUUAACAUCACAAGCAACUAGAGAGUUGACUUUUCCUGUAGAUGAUAGAGGCACAAUGAAAUCUGUUGUGGAGUAUUUUCAUGAAACUUACGGUUUCAUCAUUCAACAUACCCAAUGGCCUUGUCUACAAGUUGGAAACCAGCAGAGACCAAAUUAUUUGCCAAUGGAGGUAUGCAAGAUUGUUGAGGGUCAGAGGUACUCGAAGAGAUUGAAUGAGAAACAGAUUACUGCUUUACUGAAGGUCACCUGCCAGCGUCCUCAGGAAAGAGAGUAUGAUAUUAUGAAGACGGUGCAACAUAAUGCUUAUCAUGAAGACCCUUAUGCUAAGGAAUUUGGAAUUAAAAUCAGUGAGAAGCUUGCUUCAGUUGAAGCGCGUAUUCUGCCUCCGCCGUGGCUUAAAUAUCAUGAUACUGGUAGAGAGAAGGAUUGCCUGCCUCAGGUUGGGCAAUGGAAUAUGAUGAACAAGAAAAUGGUUAAUGGUGGGACUGUAAACAACUGGAUCUGCAUAAACUUUUCUCGGCUAGUCCAAGAUAGUGUGGCACGGGGGUUUUGUUAUGAGCUUGCACAAAUGUGUUAUAUCUCUGGCAUGGCCUUUACUCCUGAACCAGUGCUUCCUCCAAUUAGUGCUCGUCCUGAGUAUGUUGAGAAGGUUUUGAAAACACGGUAUCAUGAUGCCAUGAUUAAACUGCAGCCCCAGAACAAAGAGCUUGACCUGCUUAUUGUUAUUCUUCCAGAUAAUAAUGGCUCUCUUUAUGGUGAUUUGAAAAGGAUUUGUGAGACUGAUCUUGGUAUUGUUUCCCAGUGCUGCUUGACUAAACAUGUAUUUAGAAUGAGCAAACAAUAUUUGGCCAAUGUGGCCUUGAAAAUUAAUGUAAAGGUUGGGGGAAGAAAUACUGUUCUUGUUGAUGCAAUAUCACGAAGGAUACCUCUUGUCAGUGACCGUCCAACUAUAAUUUUUGGCGCUGAUGUUACCCAUCCUCACCCUGGGGAGGAUUCAAGCCCUUCUAUUGCAGCUGUUGUUGCCUCUCAAGAUUGGCCAGAGGUUACAAAGUAUGCUGGCCUGGUUUGUGCUCAAGCUCAUCGUCAGGAGCUCAUCCAAGAUUUAUUCAAGACAUGGCAGGAUCCCGUAAGGGGGACUGUUUCUGGUGGCAUGAUUAAGGAGCUCCUAAUAUCUUUCCGACGAGCCACUGGACAGAAGCCACAGCGCAUUAUAUUCUACAGGGAUGGUGUCAGCGAAGGCCAGUUCUAUCAAGUUCUGUUAUAUGAACUUGAUGCUAUUCGUAAGGCAUGUGCCUCGUUGGAGCCAAAUUAUCAGCCUCCUGUUACUUUUGUUGUGGUGCAAAAAAGGCAUCAUACAAGGUUGUUUGCUAACAAUCAUAGUGAUCGCCGUUCUGUAGACAGGAGUGGGAACAUUUUGCCUGGCACUGUGGUGGACUCCAAAAUUUGUCACCCAACGGAGUUUGACUUCUACCUAUGCAGCCAUGCUGGGAUUCAGGGUACAAGCCGUCCAGCUCAUUACCAUGUGCUAUGGGAUGAGAACAAGUUUACAGCUGAUGCAUUACAAUCUCUCACAAAUAACCUUUGCUAUACAUAUGCAAGGUGCACACGAUCAGUGUCUAUUGUUCCCCCUGCGUACUACGCACAUCUUGCUGCAUUCCGAGCUCGGUUUUAUAUGGAACCAGAAACAUCAGACAGUGGAUCAAUGACAAGUGGCACAGCUGCAGGGCGUGGAGGUGGAGCUGCAGCUGCUGGUGGGCGUAGCACAAGAGGACCUGGUGCUAGUGCUGCCGUCAGACCUCUGCCUGCCCUCAAGGAAAAUGUCAAGCGUGUUAUGUUCUACUGUUAAGGGAGUGCUUGUAUUUUGAACAUCUGUUUUGUUGGGCUUUGCUUCUUGGAAUUUCGAACAAUAUCUAGUAUGUUUGGGGUUGCAUGGAUUAUUAAACUAAACCUGUUGAACCUUGGUGUUAAAACUAUGUUAAUUUUAUGAUUAUUCGCUUGGAACAUUAAAUAA